UUGUGUAAAGGUUUCUUUUAAGCGGAAAUGACGACACGGUCUCUCAUUCUCCACGUGCAGCAGAAGCGCAGUCACGUUGGAGCCCUCGACACAAGUCCAACAUGAAACGACCAAAGCUAAAGAAAGCGAGUAAGCGAAUGUCAUGUUCCAAACGGUAUAAAAUCCAGAAGAAGGUCCGAGAGCACAAUAGAAAGCUAAAAAAAAAGGCAAAGACAAAAGGAGUUGGCAAUCGACCCAAGAAAGAUCUCGCAGUUCCCAACAGUGCUCCUUUUAAAGAAGAAGUCCUGCGGGAGGCUGAGCAGAGAAGAUUGAAGAUUGAAGAGGAAAAGGAGAGAAAGAGAGAAGCUGUCAAAGAGGAACGAGCUAAGAAGAGGAAAAAGGAAAAUGAGGUUGCUCGUAAAGAACCAGAACCCAAAGCCAAAAAAGCACGCCAGGAUGAGAAACCUCCAGAGAAAAAUUGUAAAAAGUUUAUUUGCGGUCAACUAAACAAUGUUAUCGAUGCAGCAGAUGUUAUCAUAGAGGUGCUGGAUGCUCGUGAUCCGCUGGGAUGCAGAUGUCCCCAGCUGGAGGAGGCGGUGCUGCAGAGGGCCGGAAACAAGAAAUUGUUUCUUGUUUUAACAAAAAUAGAUCUUGUACCAAAAGCAAAUGUGGAACGGUGGAUUGAGCGAUUACAGCAGGACUUUCCAGUUGUAGCCUUUAAAGCAUCCGUACAAGCUCCAGCAAAAAAGUCAAAGAAGAGGGGCAGGUUGGUGGCCUCCAAUGAAGUCUUAGACCGUUCCAGAAGAGGGGCCUGUUUCGGAAGCACUCUUCUCACCGAGAUGCUCACAAGUUACGCCGCAAGCAAGCAGGACCAUUCAACGCUUAAAGUCGGCGUUGUAGGCUUUCCCAAUGUGGGGAAGAGCAGCCUGGUCAACAGUCUGAAGGGAAGUCACGUGUGCAACGUUGGGGUGAAGAGAGGCAUCACAAAGUCUGUGCAAGAGGUGUGCAUCUCAAGUCAAGUCAAUCUUCUAGACAGCCCAGGAAUCGUGGCGUGUCCAUCAAACCCAGCAGCUUCCUUGGCUCUGAGGAGCCUGCAGGUGGAGGAGGGCGAGGAGAGCGUACAGGAGGCCGCCAGGACCGUGCUCAAACUCUGUGACAAAACCCAGGUCAUGCUCCAAUACAAUGUUGCCGAUUACAGGACCGGUCCAGAGUUUUUGACCCUAUUGGCCAAAAAGCGAGGUUUUCUACAAAAGGGGGGCAACCCAAACCUGGUGCAAGCAGCGACCCUUUUUCUUGACGACUGGACAGGAGCCAAGCUGAGCUACCACUGCAAGGUACCGGAAUACCUGGGCCUCCCUGCCUACAUGACCGCCACCUUGGUCACUGAGAUGUGGACCGGUCUGGACCGCAACCAGCUGGAAAGUGGAAACCAGAAUACUCUGAGAAAUGUAAAGUUCCCAAACCCGUCCAGCAGUAUCAGCUUCAUGUCCAAAAGUCCUACUGCAGGCCUGCUGGUAGUGGACGACAUCCCUGAAGAAGUAGCAAAACCUGCAGAGAAGGAGAUCUUACAGCCUGAACCGAGAGCUGAGCAGACAAAUGCAGACGAAGCAGAGCCAGUGUCCCCUAAAGCGAAAACAAAGCAAGUCCAGUUCCAGUUCGCGCAUAUCGAGACCGACCGUGCAGAUGACGCCUACGACUUCAACACUGACUUUGUAUGAUGGUGGACCCAGGAGUUCUUGUUUGACAUGAACACAUCCUCACUUCUCUGCACAUUUUUCAAAUUUGUGUAUGCAAAUGUUGUAAAUAGACCUAACUCUUAUAAUAAACCAGAGUUCCAAUCAUGGAUAUAA